AUGGGCCAGCAUUUGUCUUUUUGUCAAGCUCACUUUAUAGCUUGCAUCUUCACUCAAUUUAUCAGCAGACAAUUAGUGAAGAUCCCCAACAAAAAGAUCGAUCUACUGGCCAGGCUGCCGAAUGUCAUAUACAGCUCGGUCAUCUAUAACAAGUAUCUCCUCUCAUGGUUCAAGCGGUUCGGCAUAAUCAGCAACUUCCGUCUGCUCGCUUUCAAAUCGAGGAAGCACGCACAUCCCCUAUUCGAGUUUGACCUCGUGGGCUGUGACCUCGAGGUCGUCGUCAAAGAGAGUUAUAAGUACAAAUACGCCGUCCAUAUUUACAAGUUAGUUAUUCGCAGUUGUCGUCUGGCUGUUAUUAGUUAA